AGCCAAUGGCGCAGGGUCCCCCGGGUGGCGUUAUCGGGAUCCUUGGAGGUGUCGUUGCCAUCGGACUCAUCGUCGGCGUGGCUGUUACUGUUUUCAUGGUCCAUCGGCGGCAGCAGAAGACUCGCACUGAGACGGAUAAUGACCUGACCGACCUUCCACCUGCCCACAAGCCAGCCCCGCCCCCGCCCAAAAAGAAGAACAGCGACAUGAAGGGACACUUGACAUCCGAUGACAUCCAGGUGGUUCAUCUGGACAAGGACGAGGAAAUGCAGAAGCUUCCUCUUCAGCCUCCUUAUUACGACAUGGCGCCCACCGAGUUGACCCCCUUCACUGAUAAACCGGACUCUGGGAGGCAUCCAGAAGAGCUGUUGAACCCGGCUGAAUACAUGAGCUACCAGCGUGUCUGCAACAUGGAUCACUUCCCUGAGUCUCAGCCCGCUCCGGCCCACCCUCCCGCUACUUUCUUGCCUCAACACCCCUACGAGCAGCAACCACCCCGCGAGCCCACGUACCCCAACACAAGCUUGCCUGCCCCCGGCCCCAGAGCACCGUUCACGUUUCCCAAGGAGCAAUCCGUGUGACACGCCACAUGCAACUCUUGGCUCGGCGAGAGGCAACAUGCCAGGGCCACAAGCACCUCAGGGUGAGCUAAGCGCCGGUAAACGGAUGUGCAUCUACUCCCACCUCAAUUCUAUUUGUUCUAAAAGCUUAAAACACGUUAAAAAAAAACGUUUCCAUCCCUGAAUCCCCCUGUGUUUUGUGCACUGUCUGCUCCACUGAGCCUGCCUGUGGAAACCGGCUCACCUAGUGAUGAUAGCGUAGCCGACACCAACUGCUCCCUCCCCCCAACCUUCACCCCCACUCAUCCUGUUUGUUUUUGAAUGCUUCCUCACCUUUUGGAUAUUUUGCUUUUUGGCCAAUUAUCUAAACUGUGUACAUAAUAUACCAUUGUGUCACUCGAGAUGCAUUUUUCUAUUUUAAUUUUUUACAUUUCCCACAGUUGUAGUGACCUUUAAAAGCUCCAUGCUUCUUUUUUGUUUGCUUUCUGUUUGUUUGUCAAUCAUAUGCUUGCAAGUCGUGUACUUUGUGUGAUUGAGUGUGUUCUGGUGAAAAAAAAACUAAUUCCAUUUGAUUUGUAAAGCUAAUUAUGAAUCUAUAAUGACAUGGACUACCCCUUUAAUGACAGUAAAUGACAGGGUUGUUACGUUAAGAUGUGAAUUGGCAAUCUCAACUGAAUCCUUCAUUACUUUUCAUAAUGGCUUUGCUGUUACGGAGUUUGACUGGAUAUUUUGGACUAUUGGAAGCAAAUGUUAUCCUCAUUAGCUUUGAAGAAAAACAAAGGGCUUGAGAACAAAUAGUAUUUGCUUUCUUGUAUUUCUCCAUGUAUUAUGAUCCAUCCAGGUUAUUAUUAUUAUUUUUGUUAUUAUUAUUAUUAUCAGGUAACAGUAGUUGCCAAAGGCAUGUAGUUUCACUCAUUUAUUGUCUGUUUGCCCUCCCGCCACAGUUUACAUGAAAACUCCCCGCUUUGUUGGGAAAAAAAUAUAGUUGAUUGGCAGUGUGUUACUCUUUCUCAGUUUACAUCAUGGGCUUGCUAUAUGCUGUAUUUUCCAUAUCUAUAUGUGUCAACCUGAGUACCUCAUGGAGGUUGAUGAGGUCCUUUGCGUUGUCAGCCCUUCCUGUUUGUGCAGAGUUGUUUAACUAAUAAGAAAUGUUCCUAAAUGCAGGUGCAAUAGGUGAAGACAAUCACAUACUUGGGUUGUCCUAGGAAGAAAAAAAAAGUUAAAAUAGGUCUACACAUACCUAAAAGAAAACAUUUUUCAAGGACAACCCAGACAUAAAAUGAAUAUAUGUUCAAAAUAUGAUUUGUUCUAAUAUAGCCUGAAGAGUUUCAAAUCAGUCAAAGAAACACUGAAGAGAAAAGCUUGAUACUGUAUUUUUUUAUAGAAUGCUUAGUUAUAUACAAUAGCACUACACUUAUUUUCUGAGUCAAUUUUACACUGUGACUGUUUAUUUCAAACCAUAUAUAAGCUAAUGUAAUUUAAGAGCCCGUUGCAGGAUACUGCUUGCUACACAUCAGCCCUCUAGAAGCAGCAAAUUUGCAUAAACUAAAAGUUCACUUUUUUUUUGCCGUGUCAAAUGUAGGUUUUGAAAAAAAAGAAAGAAAAGAAAAUACUUUGUGUUUGUGCUCAAUGUGAAAAAAUCCUUGAGGUGUUAAAGGUUAUUUAAUGUAUACUUUUAAUGGUGGUUAAUGGGAUAGAGUAAAACUUGUGAGACUUUCUCCUGUGCUCACCUUGUUGUCUUGCAAUGGCUCGAUAUGUGUGCUAGCAUUUAGUUUAAGCAGUGGUCUCUAAUUUUAACCGCUGAAGGAGUUUGAUAUUGCUGUACCCGCUGUGUGGUAAAACACUGAAAACACUUCUUGUCUUUUUGUGACACAUUUACGAUUCAUGAGAUCAUUCCUUUUCAUAACUAUUGUUAUCAUUAUAAUUUUGUGUAAGUGCUAUUACUUGCUAAAGGGAUGCUGAAAAUAGCAUUGACAUGUAAUUGUUUUCACUGUUGAAACCUUAUGUUUUCAGUCACGUCAUUACUUUGAGUGUCCUGAAGAUUAUCGCCAAUCAUUUGUUUUCACCCUUGUUUUGUAAGACUGUAACAUUUAGUUUUUAUUUUUUUAAACACAAAAAUAUAUAUAGUCCUACAGCACGUUUCUUUUGACAUUAAUUGUAUAUUUGUGGAAGGAUAAUACCUGAAUAAGUAUUAGGGUAAUGAACGUUUUUGUUGCUAAGAUAAUGAAAAUGUGUGUUUCUUUUUAUCUGUUUGAUGUAAAUAUUAACAAUGUAUCUGAUGUAUGAAGAAAAAAAAAUCAGUCAUAAAGUUUAACAUUAAA